AUGAUCAAGAACAUCACCCGGACGCCAGCAACAAACAAGAAAGUCUGUCUCAGCAUUGGCGCGACACUGUUCUUUAGUUUCCUUGCUGCGUUGAGUCAGGCGGAAGUGCCUUGCGCUGACGGUGUGACGGCUCUGAGCGUCUCGAGCACAGCUGAAGCACUGGAGCUCACCAACGAGCUCGAAUGCUCUGGGGCAGGCGAUUUUGAAGUAGAGUGGAGUGGUGAGGUCGUGGUGACGAAGACCUUUGCUGUAUCCACCGGAACCUCUCUAAAGAUCACCGGGUCAAUUUUUGAUGGAGCAGUGAUCGACGGCGGCGGGGCAGUCCAGCUUUUUGUGGUUAACGAUGGGUCCCAGCUCGAACUCGACAGCGUUUCGGUGGUUCGAAGUUUCGGAACUGCGGUGGAUGCUUCUGAAUCGCAAGUCACUGCAACCGACUGCACAUUCUCCAGCAACAACGGUUCCUCCUCCAUAGCAGGUAAGCACGAGCGAGAGGGCAUCCUCCCGGAGGAGCAGAGCGGUUUCCGCCCACACCGGUCGACGCUCGACAUGCUGUUCGCGAUCCAGCGGCUCCAUGAGCUCACGAGGAAGAAGAGUACUGCGGUGUUCGCGUGCUUCGUCGAUCUCACCAAGGCGUACGAUUCGGUGGACCGAGAUCUGCUGUGGGACGUGCUCGGACGCUUUGGCGUGCCCCCGAAGAUGCUGGCGGUCAUUCGCCACUUCCACGAGGGCAUGAGGGCGCGGGUUCGAACGGACGACGGGCAGUACUCGGAAUGGUUUGACGUCGGCCAAGGUCUCCGACAGGGGUGCAACCUGGCCCCGCUGCUGUUCAACUUGUUCUCUGCCGCGAUGCGCAUGGUCGCAGUGA